AUGUCGUGGCGGAGUCAAAUAACUUCGGCUGCCAAGAACUUCCAACUUGGCUAUAAUAUUCAGAAACCUUAUCCAUGGAGAGGUACAACACCACUCGUGUGUAUCUUUUUUGUGGGAUUGACAAUGUUGUUGGUCUUCGUCAAUAUUCCUUUAUCGGCAUACGACGUUGUCCAGGAAUUUACAUACACUCCAAAUGAUACUUCCCCAUCACUUCCCUUCAGCAGCGUCGUUCCUGCAUCCCUUAGACACACAGCCGGGGAUUUUACACCACAGACAUUUAAAAUCGGCGAUACGAUCCAAAGUAAUCUCUCUGCCUUUAACUAUGUGAUUACGGACGCGUUUACGGAUAGCUCGUUAACCUAUCCUGUGGGUUCGUUCCCUUAUUAUAAUAAUCCCUUAUCAUCGUGUGAUGUUUCGAAUAUUUCGUUGUCGUUACGAAAGGAGGAGCGGGCCUCGUUGUCUGCAGUUAUCUAUUGUUGGUUCCCUGUGUACUACAGGAUGACUCUAAGUCUAAAUCAUGCAUCGAUGCAAGAUCGUACAUUCCACAUUUUGAAUGCUGUGCCCGACCUAGAUGGUUUGCUCACAGAUGCGGAAUGCGGGUGGGAUUCAGAAAAUGUCACGCUGGUCAAUGACAAUGGGGAUUCAGGACCUACUAGCAAUCAGAAUGUCACCGGCCUCGAUGUCUCGGUAUAUCCUUGUUGCAAUUGUGCUGACAAUGGUUUGUACUAUGAAUCUUAUAUUAAAUCGGUAGUAGCAGGCCAGCCAUGGCUAGUGUCAAUCCUGAUCGAUCACCCUCCUUGUGACGGCGAUGUGGCAAAGUUCCAGGGAACUUGGACAACCGCGUACUAUGGACAAGGAGCUUUUUUUGAUUUUACGGGUGGUGGAGGGCUGUUCGGCCCGGGCGCUAAUAUCCUACCACCAAACGACGUACUCGAAGUACCUUCAAACGUUCAGCUUGUGGUCCAAAAUGCAUUCCAAGCCAUCUAUCACACCAUUCGACUCGAUCUCGGUGUGAUUCGCCCGAAUCAGAUAUUCACAUCACCAAAUGUGUUCAGUGAGAGCAUAUCGGCGGUGCCUCUCUACAAGCCUUCCAACAUGACAUUCGACCGUGACGAUACCGGCCAGCCUGCUGUUGUGCUCGGAGGAAUCUCGAGGUGUAUUGCAUCGUGGGUCGUGAAUAAUUCAUAUGCCAAUGCAAGUCGGCAAGCACACUUCACAAAUGAUUUCUUGAACUUUUACUACCAACAAGCACUCCAAUUCGGACCUUUUGAUGUCCGGGUUCCCUCCGUGUCGUAUCUUCGACCAGUGUUCCGCCGAAAAUCCACAGCGUCAGCCAUAUCUAGUGUUUUUGUGGCUACGUUUGCCAUGGUUUCUGCAGCGUGGUCCCUAUUCAAUUUCAUCGCUGGUACCUUCUGCAAAGGUCAAAGCGUGGUUGUCCGCAUUGCAGCCAUAAUUAUCGAGAUCCUAGCGGAGAUUCUGAGUCUGUGUUACUGGUAUCACGCUGCGAUAGCCGCUAUGAAGAGAUAG